CCAGUCAUUUAACUCUUGUGAAAAAGAAAAAGCAUAAAAAACUCACGGAGCCCUAAAUCGUCCGCUUCACACCACACCGUCGCCAAUCGCCACCGUCUGCCGCCGUGUGGCCGUCGACCACCGAUCUAUUAAACUCAACAUCGUACGGAGCUUUUGGAGUCAAAUAAUAGAAAGACAAAGAUGAAUACUAAAAAUUAGCAUGUAUAUAAAUGCAUAAUUGCAUCGAAGUACGAGAAUGGAUUCUAGACAUGAUGAUAAGAGAAUGAAUGUAGAAGAAGAUAGACUAAGCAGCUUGCCAGAUUGUCUUAUCCAUAAAAUCCUAUCUUUUAUUAGCAUCAAACAUGCUAUUCAAACGAGUGUUUUGUCAUCGAGAUGGAGGUUUAUAUGGACUUCAAUGCCUUAUCUCAAUCUCUCACGAGAUGAUUUUACUUUGCUGCCCAAGUUCUCUGAAUUUGUUACGCAUGUUCUCUCUGACCGCAACAAUCAAACAGAAGUGUCCUCUGUUAAGCUUACUCUUCAUGGAGAGGAUAGUGAUGUGUUUGUCAAACAAAUUAUCAAGUAUGCAUUUUCUCACAAUAUCCAAACGCUCAAUGUUGCAACCGUUCUUGAGAGUGAUGUUCAAAUCCCUCUUUUUCUGUUUAGUUCCCGGUCUCUAAAGCAUCUUAGUUUCACGAUGAAAUGUUCCGCAGCUAGAGAGUAUCGUACGAUAGUAGAAUAUCUUCCGUAUUAUUUUAAAGCAACAUCUACUUGGGAUUUCCCCGCCUUAACAACUUUGUAUCUUCACAGUGUCACUUUGUGCUGUGAUGAACGUAAUGAUCCGUGCAUCGAUCUUUUCUCUAAGUGUGCAAACUUGAAGGAUCUCACCAUAAGAGAUUGCUAUAUGAACGGAUUUGAGGUUGUACGUAUUUGUCUUCCUCUACUUUCUAAUCUUACACUUGAGCAGUCUAUCUCCGGGAGUGUGAAGGAUAUCAAUAUUGUUGCACCUCAACUCAAGAAUCUCACUAUAACUGAUUUCCAACACAAGAAUUAUCUGAUUUCUGCACCCAACCUCGUAUUCUUGCUCUACAAAGGUUAUCAUUGUUUGCAACCUCCUGCAAGUGAUUUUAUUUCUUUGGAGAAGGCAGAUAUUUGUGUAUUCUAUCCAAAAUGUGCUCAUCAAGUUCUAUGUCUGCUUCAACGACUUCACAGUGUCAAGUUUCUUACACUUAGCUUGGAAAUUGUUGAGCUUCUUUCUUCAUCCGUGGAACUACUGUCAAAUCAACCUUCUCCAUUUGCUAACUUAAAGAGCUUAAUGAUUCAUCCAGGACAACUUAUAAGGUCGCGAGAAAGAGUAAAGAUGUCUGCAGAAGUUAGAGGCUAUCUGCUAGAUAGUUCUCCCGGUGCCACCUUCACAGUGUAUGCAUAUGAGUAUAUUAGAGUUAUGUACAACACCAAGUUAGCCCAAGACCAUAUAAAAAAGUUACGCACGUUCCUAGAGAAGGAGAAAGCUGCUACAGAUACCAAAAUGGCAAAGAUACAUGAACAAGGGAAGGCAGAUGUUGAUAUUGAUAUGAGUUUGAAAGAUUUGAGUGUGCAGGUUGAGAAAGGGAAACGAAAGGCUUCCUUCAUCAUUUCAAUAUUGAAAGAUAUUAACCAAGUACUGGAAAAGUUGCCUGCAUCAAACCGGGCUAUGAUUCAACCAUCUAUUUCUACUUUGCGUGCAGAAGCGGACACUGUCAUGAAAAAAAUUACAGACUGUAUAAAGAUGGAUUUACAACUUGUUAAGUCUGUGCUUUCAUGAACUCACUAAACGAAACGUUGCAACUGCCUUCUAAGCAGAUUUUCAAGUUGUUGAUUUCACAAGUGAUGACUGUAUUCAAAAGGCCAACUCUUGGUGCCAACUCUUAUUGCAUCGUAUUUUUUAUUUAGUAUUUAAAGUAAUAUCGAUUUGGUUUGCAAA